AUGUCAACAGCUCAAACAGCCAUCACUCAAUACGUGGACGCCGCAAAUGGAGUCCGCUUUGCCUAUCGACGUAUUGGAGAAAAGGACGGCGUUCCCUUGCUCAUGCACAUCCACUACCGCGCCAAUAUGGACCUGUGGGAUCCCCUGUUUGUCAACACGCUCGCCAAAGCCCGAACCGUGAUACUCUUCGACAAUGCCGGGGUUGGCCGCAGCUCCGGCCAAGUUCCAGAAACGUUCCAGGGGUGGGCAGAUGACUUGAUUUGCUUUGCCCAAGCCCUCGGACUCGACAAGGUCGAUCUUUUGGGUUUCUCCAUGGGCGGCUAUUGCGCGCAAAUGGCUGCGUUGACCGCGCCACAACUCAUCCGCAAGUUGAUACUGAGUGGGACCGGCUCGUCAAUACCAUCAGCAGAUCAUGUUGCUGGCGUCGUAUGGCCACGGGAGGAUCCUUCAGCGGAAGCGUUGAGGGUGCUCGCAGAGGCAGAAACAAGUGAGCAGGGUCCUAAAGCGCUGGCGUUCUCCUUGUUCAACGACGACGACCAAGGGCGCGGCGCCUUCCAUCGAUACUGGGAAAGGGUACAAGAGAGAACGGCAGAGCCUCUCAUCCUGGACCUGCUGGAUCGGUAUGGUGCAGCCCAGAGGCAGUUGGAGGCUGCGCUGGAUUCGUUCAAGAAAAAUCCUCGAGCAGCCUUCGACCGGCUGGGUGAGCUCAAGAUGCCCGUUCUCGUCGCCAAUGGCGACAAUGACAUGGUCAUCCCCACAAGUCGAAGCUGGGAGCUCUAUCAUGAAAUCCCAAACGCGCAGCUCAUCAUCUACCCGCGUGCGAGUCAUGGGUUUUUGUGGCAGUAUGCGAAGCUUUACGCAACCCACAUCAACAUGUUUCUUGAUGGGGAUGACUUUGAUCCAUAUCUGUCCAAGCUGUAA